AUGUUGCGUUCUUAUACAAUAAUAUUAUUUCUUAUCUCUAAUGUAUCAAGUGAAUUCAUCUUACAUGAUACCAAUCAAGUCGUAAAUCGAACGAAAGUAACAGGACGCAGUGAAUAUCAUUGUUUAUAUUCAUAUACGAAAGAAAACGAUGGUCGGUAUGUAAUGAUACCAUACUGUAUUCGUUCGACAGAAGAAGAAUUAAUAGAUGACUACAAACAUGAACUGUAUCUGUUAAAUGAUACAAACAUUAAGGGCCAACGAUUUUCAUUUCAAGAUAUGAAACAGAACAAUAUAACAAUUGGUCAAUUGUUUCGUUGGAAUGCUCCACUUGACAAGAUAGAACAGUAUGACAUUUAUUUUAAAAAUACAGCAUCAACAAUAGUGAAGGAUCAGGAUUAUUAUUAUAACUGUACUAGACCAUGGUUUGGACCAAGAUGUCAAUAUACGUUCGAUCUGGAGAGUGAUGAAAAAGAAGAAUUUAGUGCAAUUGUUCAUCAACUAUUUAAGAAGAAACAUGUGUCAAAACCUGAUUGGAUUGUGCUAAUAACCAAUGGGACCUGUUAUACGAACUUGAUAUGUGCCAGCAUUUUAUGUCUUGAUUGGCGCGAAAUAUGCGAUCAAAAGAUCGAUUGUAGUAUUUGGGACGAAUUCAUUCAUCAAGUCAAUUGGGAGAAAGCAAAAUCAAAAAAAACUUUAAUUGAAGAACUUAAACGAGCUGUAAAUCGAAUUAGACAAGAAGUUGUGCUAGAAAGUUGUGAAAGUUGGACAAAGAGAUUGUAUCGUUUAUCAAAAAACAACGGAGAUUAUUUACAAUAA